CGGCAUCGCUGAGAGAGAAUUGAGCUUUUCCCGUUGUUUCCCCCCCUGACAUACCCACGAACGGUGUGUUUGUUUCUACGCGAUGCGUUAUUCUCUGUUGUUGUUGUUGCUUUUAACACUGUUACCACAAGAGCUUGAAGCAAGAAGCGACUCUCAGCGUUACGCUGAGUUACACUGGUAUAACGCGUCGGCGUUCAACCCAUACAUUGAAAUUGUUUCUUCUUUUCUUUCCCAUACAUUGAAAUUGUUUCUUCGUUUUCUUCUUUCCAUCUGGUACGUUUUACACGUAGUUCUUACGUUUUGACUUAGAACGCUUAGCAAAGUGACAAGUGGAACACUGAUAACAAGUCGAGGUAAGUUGAUAAGAAUAGAUUCAUAUUUGAUUGAUGAUGAUGUGAUUAUCAAAAAUAAAAAUAAAAAUAAAAAAUAAUUUGAUUUUUUUUUAUUAUUGUUUACAAACAACAGUAGCAAACAGUGUGGGUUAAUGACAAAUUAUAAUAAUUCAACAGAAAGUUCUGUUACCUUACUGGCAGAGUGAAAUGAAUCGGUAUAUGUAAACAUAACCCUUAAAUGUAUUACCAUAAAGAUGUAUAUUUUUAGUAAAAUAUAAAUUACUUUAAUUUCGAAUGUUUUACUAGCUUUUACUUAUAUAUGAUUAGAUUAUUCCUUUACUCGGCAUUUUCUAUAAAUAAUAAUAUUUCCCAUAUUGUAGAUGACAUUCCCUGGGUUAUGGAUGAGACAGGAAAUGUUGUUCCAGAAGAGGAAAUCAUACUUGAUGUAGCUAAUGAUGACUUAGGCAGUCAAGAAGAGCAAGAAGAUUACCCUGGCCACGAAAUGUUCAAUUUUAGAGACCAUUCUUUGCUAGACUGUCUUCGUUUUUGGGCGCUGAAGACGAAUGCACCGCAUUCUUCUGUAAACAUAAUUUUAAGAAUUUUUAGAGAAAAAACGGAACACACUCCACCCAAAGAUGCAAGAACAUUGUUACGGACUGAUAAAAGCAGAAAGGAUAUUGUAAACAUUGGUGGUGGCAGAUUUUGGUACAACGGGGUUGGCAAAUGCCUUAAAAAUGCGUUUAGAUUUUUAUAUGGUCUCAAAAGAAAAAUUAAUGUGGCACCUAACACUACAUUAGAACUAAACCUUUCUGUGGAUGGCAUACCACUGCAUAAAAGUGGCAGAGAUACUUUUUGGCCGGUGUUGAUGAGCGUGCAGCGUGUGACAUCACACGUAGGGAAACACGGUUGCAUGAAGUGUACUGUGGUUGGCACCCAGUUUCACGUGCAGUUUGUUUCCCGGGAGUGGGUGCUCCACCUCGAACUAACGAAAAUUUUCGAGGUCGUGCCUGUGCAGAACACCAUAAGGAAACAUCACCUCUAG